AUGGCCGAUAUCGGGCGGUCACCGCCGUCGGGCGGGAAAGAGAAUCAAUCUGACCCUCGGUCUUCUUCCGCUUCUGCGUUGCCCAAGGUGCACGACGAGCUGGGAGACGAUGAGCAGCGCCGGAAGGCGGCAGAGUCCCUUCGUCUCCUGCGUGCUCUCUUUUUCCCCUCCUCUCCAAGUGUGUCUUCUGCCCCCUUUCCCGGCUCUUCCGUUGUGUUGCCUGCCGCAGGCGCGUCCGCGAAAGGCGGAGACGAAUGCCAGGCGCCUCUCACAGGGAGGGAAGCGCCGGAACAAGUUCGCGCGGCUGCAGCACGGGAGGAGAAUGGAGAAAACCCGCCGCCUCCGCCUUUUCUCGAGCUCUCCCACUUGAUGAGGGAGACGGUUUCAAAGUACAGAUCGAUUCUCCGGCGCGAGGAAGCCGGGCACCCACUCGACCCCGACGAAGAAGAAGCGGUCGAAGCCGCGCUCUGCGCUGUCCAGAGCGCCAGCAGACAGGAAGGAGAAGAACGCGAAGCAUACAAAGAAAGACGGACCCGAGGAAGAAACGAGACGGCCGAGCUGCCGGCUCCUUUCAGGCCCAAGUACGCCGGCCGCCGACUCCUCCAGAAGACUGCGCAGGAUCUGUACAGGGCGUAUCGAGUCCAGCGAGAGAGAGACACGACUGCACGAAGCGCUGACACUUCGGAGCCGCCCGUGGACGCGCCUGAGAGCGCCUCGACGCAGUCGCUGCUCUGUCUCGCGCACCUGUACGGCCUUCUUGGCCAGAAUUACAUCAACACGGAGGAAACGCAGGAGGGCGAGCGGCGGUUGAGAAAGAGCGUGGAAAUCAUCAUGAGAGCGGCUGCGCUCAGCCUGCCUCCGGCGGUCUCCAUUUUCAGUCGGCGGUCUUCCGUGUGGGCCUUUCUGCUCUUUUCCCCUGCGGCUCUGCGCGUCCGCGCCGCCCUCGCGCUCCUCGACCUCGCUGGGCUCUACACGCGGUGGCAGCGAGGCAGAGACGCCCGGUCGUGUUUGUCGCGAGCGGCGCCUCUCCUCGCACUGGCCGAGAGAGAUCUGGAAGUACAGGAAACAGGGCGGGAGACACGUCCUGCGCGCGCAGAGAGCAGUUCGGCAAAAGAACAAGACGGCCGGCGAACAGAAGAGAGGCCCGAGAGGAGUGCUGAGAGAGAGAUGGAGGCAGGCACGCAGGGCACCGCGAAGGAGGAGACGCGCCAGGCGGCGCACCUCUUGCGCCUCGUAAUUCACUCUCUCCGUUUUCUCCAAAGGUGCAUUUCGGCACAAGUGCGGCUAUUGCCGCUCGAGGGCGAGGACGGACUCGAGAACGGGGAGUCUGCAAGUCCCGAAGAGGCUGCUCAUGAAACCUGCGGAGCUAUGGCGGAGUUGCUCGAGAAGCGAGCGAGGGUGUUGGAGAGAGCACGCGAGCGGGAGCAAGCCGAACGCCGGCACCUGGCCGCGCGGGAGGCCUUAGCAACCGAGGAAGGACGCGCAGCGAAGGACGCGUCUCUGCGGAAACCAGGUGGAGGCAUCUCAGAUGCGCCGCUCCAUACCGCGGCUACCUCGUCUCCGCGAGAUCUCUUCAACUCCGUAUUCUCUUCGUCAGGAGCGCACGCGUCUCCGCGCUCUUCCGUCUCCCUUCCUGGCCUCGUUUUCACCUUCUUCGCCUUUACGCCGUUCGUCAUCGACACCAAAGAGAUCGUCCGAAACCUCCUCUCGCUCGCCACCUUCUACGGCUUCACUUCGCUCUCGGCGCCCCCGCGGGCCUGCGAAGGGCGCGGGUUGGUGUCUCUCUUCUCCGCAGAGUACAUCUUGGAGACUGCGGAGUGUCUGGUGGAGGCAGAGACGAAGCGUGUGGACGAGAUGCGUCUCCUGCGCGAGGCGAGAAGGCAGAGAGCGGGAGCUGGGCAAGCGCGAGGAACGAGCGGAGCGCCGGAAAGCGACAAGCUGGAGGCCUAUCCAGGCGGCUCGACAGGAGCCGAGGGGGAGCAUCCGAGAGACCCGAGCGACUCUGAGGAAGAAGAGGUGGAUCGCGAGGGCGGCGAAAUCACAGCGCGCAUCUGCCGCCUUGAUGCGAGAGCUCUGGACGAACUUCUCGCGGAAGUGCACAGGGACAAGAGUCUCCUUUACGCCCGGCGCCUGCGGCUCUCCAGAGACGUUCUCGCCGACCCCUCAGGGCUCCUGGACCCUCUCGUUAGGAGACACGAGCCAGGGGACCGCGCGGCUGCGGCCGCCCGGGGAGCCCCCCCAUCGAGACGUGAAGGCGAGACAGCAGACGCGACAAAGUUCGCUCAGAACGCGAGUCAGACGGAGGAGAGCCGGUUCUUUGCCGACCUAAUCGGUAAACAGACUACCCAGUUCCCCCCCGUGCUCGAGGACGCCCAGGACUGCCUCGCUCUCCUCUCUCUCCCGGAGGCGUUUCUCGCCCACAAGCUACUCUCCGAGAGAGCGACAAUGCCGGAAGGCGCGGACGGAGGUGAAAUAGAGAGUUCAGACACCGAGAGCGCCAAGCGACUGGAGGCGCCUGACGGAAGAAUGAACGAGUCGGAAGGUGAAAAAGGGAGGCCGGCGGCAGCCUGCAACGCCUCAUCCAUUCUCGCGCAGCCUCGCGCCCCGCCGCCUGCUUCUGGGUUGUCUGUGGGGUUUCCGGUGUCUGCUUCGUGCUCGUCUUCCUCUUCGCUCCCCGCCUCUCCGCCUGAGUCUUGCCUCGCUUCUCCAGGUUUUUUUUCCUUGUCCCUGGAAGCUGGCGCCGCCCUGCUCCUCGGGGACCAGCUAGCGGGGGGGAGUCGAGACAGGGGCUGCAGCGGCAAGCAGGAGGAGGACGGAGAAGUGACACUCUGGAGACCUGCGAGGGUAGAUGACGACCGGCUGGUCCGCCUCACAGACGACCUCUACGUCCGAUGUGCGGUGCGAUUCGCACCAGUCCACUGCCAAGUGGCGAAGAAGAUGCGAAAGAUGAAUCACGAGUUCCUUCAGAGCAUGGACAAGCUGGACAACCUGCAUCCCGCUCUCCUGCCCUACACGGACUUCAUUUCGAAGCAUUUGAUGGCGCUUGCCCUCUGCGACGACUUCGCGGCGCCUCGGUGUCUCUUCGUCAUGGCGCAACACGAGGCUCAGGCAGCGCUCAAGACCUUUGUCCUGGACGGCUGGACGACUGAGCACACCCGCUUGAUCAUUCACCAAGCCGCUCUCUACAAGGAGCUGAGCUUCUUUGAGAACGACGUCCAGCGGUACACGGCCAUGCAUUCUCGCCGGGCCAAGCUUCUGGCUUCGCUUGUGAUGGAGCUGAACCCUCAGCACUACCUUGACCUUGUGCGGCAGAUGCAUUUCGAACUAGGAGAGACCUACAAGGAGAUCUACGACAUCAAGUGGACAGGACAAAUAAACAAGGACGCGGCUCUGCUCGACGACGAUGUCGCCGAAAUGGAUCCCGAGGUCGUGCAGCGGGAGGAAGUCGCCCGCAUGCGAAAAAGUGCAAAGCUGCACGGAUACGCCGAGCGGAGCGUCGCCCAUUUCUCUGCGUUCACUGAAUCAUUCCAGAAGGAGUACGAGUGGCUGAGGAAUUUUCUUGCCCAGCGUGAGGCGGAGCUCUCCGAUUCGUUUCUGCUUCGCCAACUCUCUUUGUGCGAACAGACACUCCAGCUGCUGCCGCUCCGCAUUUCCAAACUGGCUGCUCUCGGGCGAUAG